AUGCAGUUUCUGCACAAUAAUCACGUCAGCAGACUACUUCCUGAUCAAUAAGUGGAUAAUGCACAUCAACAUGUUGUGUCAGGACUUGAACUUUUUAUUUAACCGUGUGGUUAAGUUUUACAAACGUUAAACUCGACGUAUUGAUUUUAUCAAGCCAACAAAACUAAAUAGACAACUGAGAUAUUAAAUCUAUCAGUUAACCUUGUAGUAAAACGGAAGACAGUAGACACUACACAUCGUCAAAUCAACAAAUAACUAAAUAAAAUGGCGACGGGUGGGUGUGAAGUAACUUCGGACGAGUUAAUUAAUUUUAAAUGUACACCUUGUGCUGAACUUAACAAAACUAAACAAGCUGUAAAAUAUUGUGUACAAUGUCAAGGAUAUUGUUGCCAGACUUGUGUGGACACACAUCGGGUAUUUCCCACUUUAAAAGGACACACACUAGUGGAUAAAUUGAACUUAAAGUCACAAUUAGUAGCAACUGAACUUCCGGUCGUCCCAACAGAAACAUGUAGUACCCAUGGGAUAAAAAUUCUGGACAUGUACUGUGAGAACCAUGACGUUGUUGGAUGUACAAGUUGUAUAGCUCUUGACCAUCGGAGUUGUUCAGACGUCCACCUUAUACCGGACGUUAUCGAUAACCUUCUCAGCAAAUCUGACGCAGGUAAAAUGGACCGGAAGUUACAAGACAUGAAGAUGACGAUGAAAGAAAUUAAAACAAAAAGGUCUUGUGCUGAUGUGCAGUCCAUUCCAGAUAUUGUCGACAGUAAAUUUCAAACGACAGAUGAUGACAAAAUACACCAAAUGUUGCAAGACUUGAAAAUGAUGAUGGAGAAAACGAUGAACAUUAGACAAAGACUGAUAGAAGACUUAAAGAAGUCUAAGACGGAAGCAGUGAUUGCGAUCAACGACUUUCGAAAAGAAAUGGAAACAAUUCUUGAACAACUAGAAAAGGAAUCGAUUAAAGAAUUAGAGAUGAAAUUCAUAAAAGAAGAGUCGAAACUGCUAGAAGAGAAGAAGAAUGCAGAAACUGAAUUAGAUGGUCUGAAACAAGCAGUGAACGACUUGAAGAAAUCAGAAGGAAACAAAGCUCAACAAUUUGUCUCCAUGAAAAUGUCAUUGAAAAGCAUUGCAAAAACGGAAGACGUAUCUAGUUCAUUGCAAACAAGUGUUGAUGCAAAUAUAUCCUUUAGCUUUGAUCCUGCUAUACUGGACUUUCUACAGCAGUUGAAAACUUUUGGAUCGGUCCGACAUGUGUCUACCACUGAUUCAAGCUCCCCAAGGUCAACCGUCUAUUCUGUUAAAAGAAUCGAGAAUUUAAACAUCAGAGUCCAGAAUGACAAAAACAAAUGUCUUGUGUAUGGGUCCUGUCUAACAGAAGAUCGAUCACUACUGUUAGCUGAUUAUAGCAAUAAUAAUAUUAAACGUGCAAAUAUUGCAAAAAUGUCAGUGACAGAUUAUUGUUGUGUUCCUGAUGGACCUUAUGGCGUUUGUUGUACAAGUAAAAGUGAAGCUGCAGUCUGCUUUAACAAUACCACAUUUCAGUUUGUCUCCAUCGGCAAGUAGUUGAAAACCACUCGUCAGAUGAAACUGAACCACACAUGUUUUGGCAUUGGCUAUAAGGAUGAUAAACUAAAAUUAUAGUCCAGUAAAAAUACGAAAUUUAGGGGAAAAAAUUUGCACAGAAAUGAUUUUUGGCAUGUGUGAUCUAUAACAUAUCAGGAAUGACAUAUCAAAAAUCUACCAAAAUCCAAUGAUGCAAAUACCCUAUUUUUGGGGUAAAAUGUUGAAAAAACGAAACGAAAGUGCGAAUUUUUGGAAUUCCAUUAUAGCUUCAUAUAUACUUAUCUAACCAUGUCAAAAUUUUAAAGGAUAUAAGCAGAGUCUAUUAUCAGUCACCGAAAAUUAUAUUUGAAACACGUUAUAUCCAAUAUGGCUGCCAAAUCCAAUAUGGCCGCCAUAACUUAAGGAAAUGUUUGGAAUUGAUUCAUAGUAUGUUUUAUACUGCAUCUGAGUGUGUCAAACAUUCAUAUGAUAACAGAAAAGUAAAACAAUGUUCAUUAGACAUAAUCCCUACAGCAUUUUAAUCCAAUAUUACAUCAUAUAUCUAAUAUGACUGCCUUAUUUCCAAUAUGGCCGCCUAAAACAAUUUUAGCAUUAUCUUUAUGAAAUGGGUAACAAGUACCCUUAUAGAAACAAAGGUAGCGGCUAGCAAGCCAAGCUGCUACCUAGUCACUUCUGUAUUUGAUAGCAAGAACUAGUAGCAGGAAAGAAGCAGGUAGUAGCGAGUAUCUGCUAUGUACCUGCUAUCUACUCACUACUAGUAGAGACCCCCUCCCCCCUCCACCACUUUCGGUAUCAGGAACCUGCUAGCACAAACAUAUGGUAGCGACAAAGCGAUUUUGGUGGCACAUUAAGUCUAAUAUGACAGCAGCUACCUGCUACCAUAGCAUAGCAAUAAAGUAGCAAUACUUGCCAUUUGAUAUAUCAAUACAAACUUUUCUAUCAAUGACAGCUCUAUGAAAUAAAAUCUUGAUCUAGUCAUAAUUAUGUCUCCAAAUAUACUAGUGGUUUAUAUUUUGUUAAUUUUCACUUCUGUUGAUUUUGGGUCUGUAUUUUGAGCCAGUCUUUUGAACUUCUACAUUUAUUUAGCUCACCAAUAUCUCGGUGUGAUAAGGUGAGCUUUUGAGACCACAUUCCUUCGUAAUCUGUCAGCCUGUCAUCUGGUCAUAGGCAUAGACGAUUUCCUUCUGGACACUCUAGAGACCAAUUCAUGAGUCUUAGUCAUAUCUAGGUCAACCUUUUCAGUUUUGAACACUGUGAGGGUAGUACAUUAAUCAAUUUUGUGGUCCAAUCUUCAUGAUACUUUACUAUGUUUACCCUGGGUGGAUUAGAUGACAUCCAUGAAAUAUUCUACAAUAAUUUCAAAGGUAGCAGCUCGGUAGCAUGAAAAGGUAGCAGCUAGGUAGCGGCUACCAGUAUAGCAAGAAAACUAAUAUGAAUACAAAACACUGCCAAUAGAAGCUAAGUAGCAGGAAAAGGUAGCAGCUAGCCGCUACUAUAGAAGCAGAUAACAAGUAGCAGCAAUUAAGGUAGCAGAAAAAAUUAGCAGCUAGCCACUACAAGUAGCAGGAAAACUAAUUUGCAUGCGAAACACCACCAAUAGCAGCUAGCGUCUACUGGUAGCAGUGUGGUAGCAGCUACUUAAAUGCUAGAUCUACCUAGCUGCUAUUGGUAGCGAGAGGCCAAUUAUUUCUGUAAGGGUAAUAACUAAAAUUCACAAAAAAAUAUAUUUUAAGAAGUUAUCACACUGUAUAGCUUUACUUAAAUGCUAUAUGGUAUUGUAAUAGCUAGUAUCUCUACCAAUACAAUAUCAAUGCAAAUAAUCAAACAAGUCCUGAUUUCUGAGCUUUUAUUUUUUGUAGAUGUAGUGAACUUUAGAUUGUCAAGUCCUCUGCAUGUGAACUACAUUCCAAACCUACUUUUCUGCUAAUGUUUUACACGUCGUUACCUGGGCCCAGUUGUUUGAAAAAAACUUUAACGGGCGAUUAAGCUAAUGGUUGAUUAACAUUUAGGGUUAUAUUUCAACAUUUUAGAAGACUUAGUAAAUCAAAGUUAUAGAUUAAGGAAUAUGAACAAUAGUUCAAUAGCCCAUUAAAUUUUCGAACAACUGGACCCUGAUUGGCAAAUACAGCAAACAACUUUCAUAACUGUUCCGUCUGUUCGACGUGCAGAGGACUUAGUUGUGAUAAAUUGUUUGUACCGGAGUUUAGUGCUGACUAAAUCUUUAACAAUUUAAAAUUCUGUAGUGGAAAUUCAGUUAAAUUUAAUUAGAUCACUGUAAGAGGUCACAGGAGAAACAGCCAAUCAGAGAGGAGGAUCCCAAUCACCUGGCCAGGAGGACCAAUCAUCGACGAGCAGCAUCGCUUAACUUCCAGACUCCAUUGAAUCUACACGUAUUCUGCAUCACCAACUGAAACUAUUCUGUAUCACAAACUGAAACUUUUCUGUAUCACAAACUGAAAUCCAAGGCCAUCUUGGGUAGUAAGUGACUGCAUUGUAUUUAUAUCUGUCUGUUAAACCUCUUCCGCCCCUAAUAGGAGUAUCAGACCCGGUAUAGCGAUAGCCAUUUUCGCUAGAUUGGUGUCAGAAUGGUAUGAAUGCAGCAUCAGUGUUGUCUAUAGUACGCAUGGAACUAGGAGAAAAGUUUAUACAUAGUAUCUGCAUUAUUGUACAGAACACAUUGAGUGCUAGAAACGGGGUGACUACGGUAUCCAUUCUUUCUAGGGCAUCCAAAGAAAGGGUAAGUAAGUUUUAUCUGAUUUAUGGCAUAAGUCAUAUGCGUGCUAAACUUGAGGGUUACUACGGUAUCCACAUUGUCUAGAUUGCUUUGGAUGUUGGAAUUAAGGGUUGAUACGGUUGCCGUAUUUUCUAAAGUGUAAGGGGCGCUCCAAGAAAGGUUAAGUCAAUAUCUGCACUAACACAUAUAGUGCUAAGAUUAUGAGUGGAUACAGUCUCUUAAUGAUCUCCUGUACUAAUUAACUUGUUGGGAUUAAAUAUGGUGUUAUUCCUACCAGGCCUACUAGCAUUAGUGGUGUCAGCAAUAUUACUCACACCAUCACCUGAUACAGUCAUCAAGCUGGUUACCGGUCAAUGUACUGCUCCUCUGCGGAUACUCAUCACUGAUUUCCUCAAGACUAAAGUCUGGACACAGUCGAGAACUAACAGCCCCAGAGCUAUUUGCCUGCUGUCCCCAAGGUUUCGGACAUUCGCUCAGCAAGAGAGCACUACUCUCAUUCAUCAAUUUCCCACCCCCCAUUUCACUACAUCUACAAAAAUAAUAGCUCGGAAAUUAGGACUUGUUUGAUUAUGUCUGAAGAAAUAAAAGGUAACAUAUUUGUAGAAUAUCUCUGGUGAGUAGGUCGGUAGACUAAUUCAGAAAUGUCUGUUUUGUUGAGAGACAGUGUUUCCUGAAUGUUAAAUGUUUGGCAGACAUCAUGAUUACAAACAUACAGUAUGUAACUAUGUAAGUUAGACAUGGAAAUCAAACAAAAGAAUGCAUUCAUAUCCGCAUGCUUACAUGCCUAAGUGUGUAUAUCAGGACCGUAGGAACAAUCGGGGUGGGGUUCCCCCAAUCAUUUGACUGAUUAUGGUAAUUAUCAUAGCAAAUUUUUUGACAGCGAGUCAAUUUUAGCUGAUUUUCAUAAUGUGUGCGCCCAUCCCCCCAAUCUGAAAAUACUUCCUACGGUCCUGUAUUUGACUUUGAAAGAGAUUUCAUAUAGUUAUUCUUUAAGUUAAAGAAAUUAAUAGGGCCGCGGUUCUAACCCUUUUCUUCCAAAUCUGAUCCACAAAAUAAAAAACAAAAAUAUUUGCAAAAAAGUUAAAGAACUUUAAAAUGCUCUAUACAGUUGUAUCAAAGGUAUUUCUGUGUAUCUUUUUAUACAUGCAAUGUUAGGAAGUCAUUGAAAACAAUGUACAAGAUAAGUUUCAACAUUUUUAAGCUUCAAAAUUCCAAUUUACUCAUAGAUAUAGGCGUAUUAUCCAUAUUCCAGAAAUUCGCGGUCUUAGAUACAGUUUCCAGCUUUUUUUGCCCAAAAAAUCAUAUUUUGCAUACUCAGAAUUUGGUAGAUUUUUCACUAUAGACUCAGCACAUGUUGUAGAAUAUGAAAACACAAAAACCAUUUCUGUGCAAAUUUUUUCCGUUAUUUGCAUUUUUGACACUAGAUUUACUGGACUAAUACAUAACUGACAACUACCAGUCGUUAUACAUACACGAUAUGACAGGCAACAUAUUACAGACGGUAACUCAAGACAACGCCGGGCAAAACCUGUUCUCAAACAGUCGAACUGUUGCAUUCAGUGAUAUUGAUGAUAAAGUGUUUAUUGCCAGCUGGGAUAAAGGUCUAGUAAUUAUCAAUGGACGGGGAAAUCACUGUCAGACCUUCACUGAUUCAGAAUUAAAAAUAUCGUCUGGAGUUUGUACAGAUCAUAGAGGAAAUAUGCUUGUCUCCGGAUACAGUUCAAAUAACGUGAUACAGAUAGGGAGAGAUGGAAAGAAAAUGGGUGUGGUCACGAACUCAUCACACGGACUGAAGCGUCCAUUAUCCCUUUGUUUUGACACACAACAUAGCAAACUAACUAUUACCCUAGAAAACAGUGAUGUGGUAAAAAUAAUUCUACUGCAAUGAAAAAGAAUGUUAAUCAAUUUUGUUACAGUUAGAUUGUUUGAUGUGUUUUUGCAUGCUGUUCCUUCCUGUGUUUUUGAUGGGUUAAUGCUAUGCUUCAGAUUUAUUUAAUGUUGAAACUAAAUUAAAACCCAAAGGGGUUUCCCUUACAUCAAGUACUGUCUGAUGUUUGAGGAUGAUAAAUCAAUACGAAAUAACUAUGUGUAGAAAACGUACUGAUAUUUAUUUAGAUUAUAUUUGUCGUAACGCGAUAUAAGACUCAACUUUUCAAUAAUUUUAGAAUGUGUCAUAUUUGUACCACCGACAAUAUCAGUUUUCACUGUGUAUCUCCUUACUAGAAGGGAGAUUUCGGUUUUAUUUGCGAUGAUGAUAAUUAACAGGACUAGAUCAAAUAUUUAUUUCUUUAACUUUGCUUUACUUUACUCACUCAGUUAACUGAAAGAAACUAUUUCACUGAAAAAAUGCAUGUAAAAGUUUGUUGCCUGCAAAACAUGAAUAUCUUAGUUUUUACCGUCAGUGUCUAAUAAUCUGACUAUGUCAGGGUUAAAAUGAGUGUUUAUAACUUGAUCGGCAAAAUCAGCAGUAUGAAACUUUACAGGAUCUAAUGUAAAUCUGAAGUAAUUUAAACCAAAUUGUUUAGCUUACUGAAUCGACAUUGUUACCAUUGACCAAUCAAAUUCGUUGCAUUAAUUUCGUAAAGCACGCAUUAUUUUACAAAGUAAAUUU